AGUGUGAGGGAAGGGAGCAGAGCUGCGUUAUUUUAGGGAGACCUUGUCGCACUCCCCCUCCCGCGUGUAGGUAGCGUCUGGGGUGUGUGCGGGCCCCAUGGAGAGACGCUGGCGGUGGCUGCGGUGGCAGCUGGGGCUCCUAUCGCGGCUGCAGCCGGCAGUAACCCGACCCCGCCGGCGCAGGGACUGAAGAGGCGCAAGGGAAAGCGGCGAGCUGCGAACAAAAGCCCUCGGCGCGGAGCCCGAGGCCGGGACCUGCGAGACUCCACAAAAGGACGGGGCUCAGCCAUGGUGGAUCCCGUGCCUGAAGAGGAAAAGGCGGGAGCCGAGCCCGGAGGCUCAGGAGGGGACGGAGCCGCCGCGUCCGUGCCCCCUGACGCCCAGGGCGCCCAGCAGCCCGCAGCCUCUUCGGCCUCGGCCUCCGCGGCGGUGCCCUGCAAGGUUGAAGUCCCGUGCGCAGCAGAAGGCGGGCGGCGGGAACAGUCCCCGCUGCUGCACCUCGAUCUCUUCAAUUUCGACUGUCCAGAGGCUGAGGGCAGCCGCUACGUGCUGACCAGCCCCCGCUCGCUAGAGGCCUGCGCCCGCUGCGCCGUCAAGCCAGUGGAGCUGCUGCCACGGGCCCUGGCGGACCUGGUGCGCGAGGCCCCCGGCCGCUCCAUGCGAGUGGCCACAGGCCUGUACGAGGCCUACGAGGCGGAGCGGCGCGCCAAGCUGCAGCAGUGCCGGGCCGAGCGCGAGCGCAUCGUGCGCGAGGAGAAGCGGCGCCUCUUCACGCCACUGGGCUCCGCGGCGGCCGCGGCCUCGGCCCCCAGCGCAGGCAGCAGCAGCAGCUGCAGCAGCGCCAGUCUCCCGGCCUCGCCCGCGCCGCGUGCGGCCCGCAAGGCCUCCUCCAGUCCUUCUCCCGCCCGGACCCAACCUCCGCCCCCGGGUUCGCGGGCAAGUAGGAAGAGCCACUCGCUAGACUCACUGUCCCGCCGGCGCGAGGGCACUCUCAGCUCGGAGUCUGGCGCGUCAUCGUCGUCCUACAGCGGAGAGAGCCUGCGGGAGCUGCGCUGGCCGCCACGGGCCCCAGCCAGAAACAGCUGCCCGGCGGGGUCCGCAUCCUUCGCCCCCAACCCCCUGGGCCGCCCGGCCGCCCUGGCCCUGGUUCCGCUCACCGGCCGCAGCUUCAGUCUCGGAGACCUGAGCCACUCGCCGCAGACAGCUCAGCAGGUGGAGCGCAUCGUGCGCCAAGUACGCGCCGAACGGGGCCUGCGCGGUGUGCCGGAGCGCGACCGGAAGAUCGCGGCGCUGAUGCUGGCUCGGCACCAGGAGGAGCGCUUGUUGCUGGAGCAGCGUGCCGCGGCCCACGGCCAGUGGGAGCAGCAGCGCGUGCGCGCCGAGCAGCGGCGGGAACGGGAGGAGCGCGAGAAGCAGCGCGCCCUGGAGCAGGGCCGCCGGGCCUGGGCCGCGCAGGUGGAGGAGCGGCGCGGCCGCCGGGGCCGCGAGGAGCGCGAGGCGGCGCGGCGGCGACAGCGGCAGUGCGAGCGCAGCGAGGAGCGGCGGCGGGAGCUGGCCGAGCGCCAGGGCCUGCUGCGGCGGGAGCGGGCGGAGCGCGCGGCCCGGGAGGACCGACUGCGCAAGCUGCAGCAGGAGCAGAACCUGAAGCAGCGGGAGGAGGGCCUGCAAGAAGGGCGCGAGCGGGCCGAGCAGGUCCGCAGGGAGCGCGCCCAGCGCGCUGUCCGCACGAAGCAGCAGCAGGAGGGCCAGCUGCAGCGGGAGAAGCGGGAGCUGAGCCGGGCCGAGCGGGCGCGCCACGAGGCGCUGCUGCAAGGCCGGGCCCGGCAGGAGCACGAGGAGCGAGAGGGCCUGCGGAGCUCCCUGGAGGCCAGUUUGGGCCGCGCGCAGGAGAACUACGAGCAGUUGGUGGAGCAGCGCACUCGGGAGCUGCGGGAGCGGGCCCGGCGGGAGGAGCUGCAGGGUCGGCGGGCCAAGGCGGCGGCCGAGCGCAAAGAGCGGGAGCAUCAGGCGCACCUGGAGGCGCUAGCUCGGGCCGGAGAACGGCGGCUGCAGCACGCGGCGCAGGCGGCCGAGGAGGCAGUGCUGCAGAAGGCGCGGCGCGUGGGCCAGAGCCGAUUGGAGAAGGAGCGGGCACAGCGCGCCAACAAGGAGAAGGUGGAGAGGGACGAAGACUGCCGCCGGCGGGAGCUGCUCCAAGCCAUCGGGCGCAAGCUGGAGCGCAGCGAGCAGCUGACCCGGGAGCGGCGUAGCGCACUGGAGAGCGCCCGCUCCACUGCCCGGGCCUCCUUCCACGUGCGCGAGAAGGUGCGAGAAGAGACCAACACUCGCUCCUUCGACCGCAUGGUGCGGGAGGCCCAGCUGCACGCCAGCCUGGAUCGAAAAUGACCGCCGCUCUGCGCUGGCCAGACUACCAUUCUCAGCCCCCAGGGGCCUCCCUUACCCACUUUGACCAGACUGUGGGAGUCCCCCGUCGGGACACAGCGCCUGGCCUCACCAGGCUUCUGACCAAUGAGACAUCGAGAGGAUAGACGUUCGAGACCUGUCAGUGUGCCACCUUUGUUUUUAAAAACUGACUUCGUUUGGAGAUGGCAUAGCUCAAUCUGACCACGUCCACCCCUUGUGGCUCCCGCAGCCGGCCCUUGCCAAGCUUUCCUGUGUGUCUUUUGUGUUGGAACAGAAAAGAGCUGGGAGAAAGGGGCUGGGUCUGGACUGGGGGGAGGGCCCCCCUCGGAGAGAGAGUAGAGGUGAUUGCCCCCUUCUGCCGGGGUCACCCCAGACGCCUUUCACUUAUUGGUGUCUGAGACGACCGCGGUCACCGCAGCUCCGGAGGCAUCUCCCUGGCUCACCUCCGUCUCUUACAAUAUGGCAAGUUGCACAAAGCUCGGAGGCCUCGCAGAAAAGCACAGCCCUUCCAAGAUGUUAGGGCACACCCAAGUGACCCGAAAAGCUAUUGAUUUUUGUACGCUUGGCUUUUGAUCUGCCACUUGAGCAAAUUCCGGUCUUAGUUCUGAUAGUUUUUCGGUUGGUUCCCCUAGGUUUUCCAGUUAGACAAUCACCUGCAAAUAAUGAUCAAUUUGUCUUUCUUCUCCCUCCUUAUUCUCCCAAGUGACCCAAGAAAUCGGUUGGUUGUGAUGCUGUUUAGCUUGAGUGGAAGCCCCCAGCCCCUGGGGGAGGCGAGUCCCUUAGGCAGCAGUGUUCCACCCGAUUACACUUUCUUACAGGGUAGUUUCAGGGGAGGUGGUGUCUGAUGCCCACCUCCCAGUGUGGAGCCCGCUUCUCGCAGACAGCAGCCAUGCCUUAAGCAGCAGGGCUACCUUAUGUGCCUGCCCAGGCCAAGCCUGCCUGCAUCUCCAGCCCUGGAUGCUGUCCUGGGGGUAGGCCCUGGAGAGUUUGGAGUGUAGGAUUCCCCCUGUGAAGGAAUCAUCAUGACUGCUCUGAGGGCGAUUUACUGUGAGGGCUGAAGAGCUGGAAUGGCCUCUUUGCUGUUGAGAGAUGUGCUCCUUAUUGUAGGUAGUGUAGCUUCUCCUCCUCCCUUCCCCCACGUGAGGAAAAAGAGAGUCUCCCCCUUAAACUGCUGGUUCCCUCUCACCUAUGACUGAGAGGAUUCAACCGGUCUGUCCAUACCUCACCUUUCCCAUUGGCCGGGUGGUGCCAUCAGUACUCUUCUCCUCAAGGUCUCCCAAAUCCAAAGCUCCAUCUCAGUAUUAUUUGUUGGUCUUCUUUGUGCCUUUCUUGACCUGGAGUUGGGAGGCAGGAGGGCUGCUGUUGGCCUACUUUGUUUCUGGGAAUAUGGAUUCCUGGCAUUGGAAGGGUCAAUGCGUCAUGGACAGAUGGUCAUUUAGCCUCUGGGGGAAAAUACUUGCAAUACCAGGCCACUCCCUGGUCUAGAAAGUUCCAUUUGGUUGUCUUCAGGCAACUUUAACCCUUAGAGUGCUUCCCUUCCGUGAAGCCGAAAUCAGCCCCCAGCCGUAUCCACGCACUGACUCUGCCUCAGCAGGGAAGGUGGGAAGUAAGACAUUACUUUUUAUAUUAAACCAGGAUCAGGAAAUAAAAGUUACCAAAAAAAAAAGAAAGAAUCAGGGUAGAGGGCUACUAUAGUAGACAUAUUUCAUGUAUAUUCUGCUGGGCAGAAUUGUCACUAGAAUGUUUGGUAUUACAUGCACACACACAUUCCAUCAGCACCCCCACUUCCCAAUUACAUGUCAGCAGGUACAGGCGUAGUGUGUAGAAGGAAACAGUGCCUAGGUGUCUCACCUAAGAUGUUUGUGAAACCGCGAAGGAGCUGUGCCAAGGUUUAUUUCUUGAAUGGGUGAAUUUUUCCCUCAAAAUUUCUUCUUGUUGGUAACCAGGUUGUCAGUGAGCUGUAAUAAUUGGCAUUGUCUGUGGGUCAGGGGCAUUUAACUAAAAGGUUAAUGUGGUCCUGGUUCUUACCUUGUGGUUCCUGAUUUGCUAGAGGGCUUUUGAAAUCUGAAUAGAAAGUUCCACCGAAAGCUGCUUACUUCCGAAGUAUGUGCGUUCAUUUGAGAACGACACAAUCUGGUUUUCUGGAUCAGGUGCUGAAAGGUACAUAGGUGAUCUUCCCUGGUUCUCUGUUCAGUUUGUUUUCUGACUUCCUGAGUGACUUUGGGUAGAUCACCUCUCUGGGCCUUGGUUUCCCCACCUGUAGAAUGGGGAUCAUGAGCUCUACCCUCCCCCUCACACAAACACUGUGAGGAUGAAUCAGAACCAAAGUGGUGCUCCCGGUUCCCUGACUUUGGAACUGCAGGUGCAAUGGCUAUAAACAGAAAGCACCAUGUGACUGUACUCUGCCCAGAGAGUGUAAGGUACUAUCGUGACCUAGCGCAGAAAGGAAUGGUCUCGAAAAGCACGUUGCAGGGCCGGCCCCGUGGCUUAGCGGUUAAGUGCACGCGCUCCGCUGCUGGCAGCCCAGGUUCGGAUCCCGGGCACGCACCGCUUCUCCGGCUGUGCUGGGGCCGCGUCCCACAUACAGCAACUGGAAGGAUGUGCAGCUAUGACAUACAACUAUCUACUGGGGCUUUGGGGGGAAAAAAUAAAUAAAAUCUUUAAAAAAAAAAAAAAAGCACGUUGCAGAUCAUAGUGUCACAUGUAAUGCAAAGGUCUAGAUCUGAAUGUCACCAAAUUAGAGGUUUGCACUUAGAGAA